CUACGCGCCUUAUGGCGCGUACGGAGGAAACAAUCAGUUUGAUUAUGGGUGAAGCAUGCCAGAUUUGCCGACGCUAUUUGAUCGUAAGCAUGUUGGUUGAGAAAGAAUCUGGGAAUCCCAUUUUUGUUCAGCCAUUUUUCUUGAUUCGUUCACUUCAACUCUUUCUUCCGCUUUUAUCUGUUGUAAAUUGCAGUCCAAGUUCUUCACUUUUCACAACAAUCAAACUCACCCAGUUGGAAUUUACCCCAAUUCUUUUCCGGGUAACAGAUUCUUGGGUUCUUGAAAGGAAAGGACUAGUGGGUUGGUGAGCUUUCUUCUUAUUCUUUUCUGGGUGAUGAGUUUUUUACGUGAGGAAACAUGGGGUUUUUUCUCUGACCCAGUAAGAAUCCGAUACGUUUCCGGGUUUUAAGAGGAAUAAUCAGAUGAGGGAUUUUCCUGGGACGCCCGGGACUUUGACUGGCCUUCUUCUCAGGAUUUCCCAAUGCGUCUUUGCUGCCGGGUCCAUUGCUUUCAUGGCUACCACUGCCAGCUUCUUCAAUUUCACCGCUUUCUGCUACCUGAAUUCUUCAAUGGGUCUGCAACUGAUCUGGAGUUUAGUACUUGCACUGCUAGAUGUAUACUCCUUGGUGAAAAUGAAGGUCCUCCACAACCCUGUAUUGGUUAGCCUCUUUGUUGUUGGAGACUGGGUUACAGCAACAUUGUCUCUUGCAGCAGCUUCGGCCUCAGCAGGCAUAACCAUGUUGUACUUUAGUGAUCUGAGUGAUUGUAAUUCCGGAGAGGAAUGCCAGAAAUACCAAAUUGCAGUUGGUUUGGCGUACAUGAGCUGGCUAACAAUUGCAAUUUCUUCUCUGAUUAUGCUCUGGCUAUUAGCAGCAUGUUAGAUGGUCCUCCUCUGUCAUACAUAUUUCUCUCUCUUUACAACAAAAACAAGAAAUUGCAGUGUCUGUAGAAAAGGAAACAAACUUGAUAGCGCAUAGCGGUAGAAUACUCGAAAACUACUUUCAUUAUGUGCAGUUAGAUCAGUUGGAAAAGAGUUGUCUCAACUGGAAUUGUAGAAUUGUUACUUGUAGAGUGGAAUUAAUAGCAAAGAGAAUAUUACUACU